AUGCAGAGAUCCCCCAGCGUCAGCAGUUACCGCACCGGUGACGAUCAACACCUGUCCGCCACUACCGGUGCCGGUGCCGGUGCCGGCGCAGGUUCCGGUGGCGUCCCGAGCAGGAGCAAUACCCUCAAGAAGAAGAGCUCUCUGCGCCGAAGCUCGAGUCGCCGAAGCCUGAGAGCCGGCAGCGUCAAGAGCCUUGUCGUCCAACAGCCCCCGGCUAGCGACCCUGACGACAUCAAUAACAUAUUCUACUGCCCUGUUCCCAGGUCGGGGAACCCUACCGAGAUACUCGUGUCCAGAUUCCAAGCGUGGCGGAAGGUCCUUAAAGAACUUACCUCGUACUUUCGCGAGAUCCAGUCCCACUACGAGAACCGUGGCAAGUCGCUGGCCAAGCUAGCCAACGCGUCCAGCAGCAUCACCAUGCCGCCGGGUUUCAUGACGUCCGCGGGUCUCGACGACGCCAUCCAGUGCAUCCGCACGCACAACAAGAACGCCGUGUCCGAGGCGGGCAAGGCCAGGGAGAUUGAGGAGGACGUGGUGCUGGCGCUGACAGGGCUGAGGAGCGACCUCCGCCAGAAGAUCAAGGAGAUCAAGAACCUGUCGGGCGACUUCAAGAACAACGUCGACCGCGAGAUGGACCACACAGGAAAGGCCGUGGCCGCUCUGCAGGACGUGCUGGCCCGCAACGGCGCCGACGACACCAGCACCACCGGCAAGCAGGACCCCUAUCUCAUGCGCCUGGCCGUCGACCACCAGCUGCAGCGCCAGCUCGACGAGGAGAACUACCUCCACCAGGCCUACCUCAACCUCGAGUCCUCGGGACGCGAGCUCGAGUCCAUCGUCGUCGGCGAGAUACAAAAGGCCUACAACGCCUACGCCCGCAUCCUCAGGAGAGAGGCCGACAGCGCAUACGCCCUCGCCGAGGACCUCUGCAGCGGGCCCGUCUCCAUGCCCAAGGACCAGGAGUGGAUGCACUUCAUCGCCAACGAGGAGCAGUUCUUCGAUCCCUCCAUCCCGCUCAGGUCGCCCGACCAGAUCCGCUACCCCGGUCAGGACCACGUCGCCGCCCAGGAGAUCCGCGCCGGUCUUCUGGAGCGCAAGAGCAAGUAUCUCAAGAGUUACACAGCGGGAUGGUACGUCCUAUCGACGACUCACCUCCACGAAUUCAAGUCGGCGGAUAAGGGACAGGCCCCCAUAAUGUCAUUGUACCUCCCCGAACAGAAGCUCGGGUCCCGCUCGUCAGGUGAGGGCACGUCCAACAAGUUCGUCCUCAAGGGCAGGCAGACGGGCGCCAUGCACCGCGGCCACACGUGGGUAUUCCGCGCCGAAAGCUACGACACCAUGUUGGCGUGGUACGACGAUAUCAAGGCCCUUACAGAGAAGACGGCCGAGGAGAGGAGUCAGUUUGUGCGUACGCACUCGCGCAGCCUCAGCCAGUCGUCUCGGAAAUCCACCAGCAGCGACGGGGCUCUGGUCGACGACGAUGACGAUGACGAGGAGCCCUUCUCCGCCUCUACCCGGAUGCUUCGCCAUCAUCAUCAUCAUCAGCAGCAGCAGCAGCAGCUCUCUGCUGGUACCGGCGCUGCUACGGCCGUCAACAACAACAACAACAACAACAACAACAACAACAACAACAAUAACCACCACAGCAGCAGCAGCAGCAAGAACAACAUACCCUCUUCUCCCCGUCAACAACAGUAUCAACAACAGCAGUACCCUCAAGAGUAUACGCAGCAGCAACGGCAGUACCAGGAUGGCAUCUUCUCACCAUCGUCGGCGUCAUCACCCGACGCCAUCGUCGCCACUCGCCGAUCUCAACCAGGUGGGCGGUUCCCGUCCGAUAUCCAAGUCAAUGCGCAGCGAGGCUUACACGCCACCCGUUCGACGUCUAGUAUGAGCUCCGCGAGGGAUAGAAAGACCUCCUCCGAAGAUGAUGGCGCCAAUGUACCCGCUGCUGCUGUCGCGGCAGGAGCAGGAGCAGGAGCAGGAGCAGGAGCAGGAGCCGGAGCAGGAGCAGGAACAGGCAUGACGGCAGCUACUUACGGCGGACGAAGUGACGAGCCUUCCCACGCGGCCGUGGCGACGCAAGAGGCUAGACAGGAUGGGGUAAAUCCCUAUACAGGGGAACCUGCGCAGUCUCGGGAGUUUGUGCCACAGGAACAGCAGCAGAACCACGCGUACAUGAGACCUAUAGUGAUGAUGGGACAGCAGCAGCACCAGCAGCACCAGCACCAGCACCAGCAGCAACCUGUCGAGUAUGCCGAUGUAGCAGCGGGAGAGGACGGUGUUGAGGCGCACAGCGACGACAUCCUUGAGGAUUCGGGAGCACAUGUUGCCGAGCAAAGACAGGACGAGCUUCCCGGAAGACCUGUCAAUGAGGCGACGAGAAACGACAGCAUCAACGUUAUUACCAGUCAUAUGCCUGGUGGAUACCCUCGGAACAACGGUUGA